AGUUGAGAUUUAUUCUUCCUCCAGGCAAAGUGGUUUUAUCAAAAACUAGUUGCAGUGGACAACAUCAACAGCAACAACAACAACAACAAUAACAACAACAACAACAACAAGUAGAGUAAAGUGUAAAAUAAAACAAAAACGAAAAAUAAAGAUGUUUGAAAGUGUCAGUAUCUUCGCUGUUUUCGGUCUGUUAACAACAAUCUACGCUGCUCCUCAAUCUAGGGCUGCUUUACUGGACCGUAUUCUGGAUACUGUAGAUGAAGAAACUAAUUUCAUCAAUGUUGAUGAGAGAAAUAAACAGGAUUAUGAGGUUGAAGAUGAAAUCCCCCUGGGGAGUCUUUUAUUGCUGGGGAAUAUUUCCCCUGAAAACCAACCAAUCUUUCCAGAUAGGAUAGCUCUAGAAACAGGACAUAGGAUUCCCAUUGAAUUGUUUCCCACAGCAACACAAGAUCGUCUACAAGAGUCAAGAGCUGAAGAGAAAUACAUCAAUACUUCAACCUUCAGACGCUUCCAACCAACAACAACAAAAACAACAACAACAUCAACAGCUUCUACAGUAUCAACAACAACAGAAGUUUCUAUAGAAGAAGACAGAGCAAGAACAUUUUCAGUCGGAGCAUUUCUAUCCGACGAGGGAGACAAUACGUACGAGCGCAGUUUGCACGUGUUUGCCCCGUCAUCUUUCUUCUAAAUCGUCUUUAUUUUGUGUGUAUCUAUCAAUCUACUGUUACCUGCUUAAUAAACUUUUAAAAUUAUAA